AUGCCGUCCCUUCGCCGCAGAGGUCAGCCACAGCCUUCGCCUUCACCACAAGAAGUGCUCUCGGAAUCAGACGAAGAGUAUGUCUCAGCAGACGCCUCAGAUGACGGACAAGAGCAAGAGCUACACCAACAGGUGGAGCAAGCACUCGUCUCCGACGAAGAACAAGCCGGGCCUCUUUCCCCUGGAUCCGAACCCUCAGAGCCACCGCUGUCUCCGUCACAUCUCUCCGCCGCUCUUCCACCUGAUCUGCGCGAAAUCUCCACCCUCGCCUCCUGGACAGUCUCAAGUUCCAAGCCCGGCUGCUCCAUACCGCAGCUCCGACAUCCUUCACCGAGCCUUUUCUGGCAGUCCGACGGCCCGCAACCGCACUACCUCAACAUCCACUUCUUCAAGCUAGUCCGCAUUGUCGGACUGCGGCUGUACUUGGAUUUCGAGCAGGACGAGAGCUACACGCCGACGCGGAUUGUGCUGCUGGCGGGCAGCGGGAUGAAUGAUCUUGUCGAGUGGGGCGAGAUGAGACUCGAGAGUCCGCGCGGAUGGGUGUGGGCUGAUUUCUCUGGUGUUGGUGACCCCGAUGACGACGAGGACGAUUCGGAGGACGAAGACGGCACGAAUGAAGUAGAUAUGCCGGACGCGAACCCCACUGCUGAGGCGCAACGGCAAACUUUUAGAGACGCACCGCCUACAGACGACGUAUCCGAUUUCGAGAACACAGCGCCGCGUGUAGCACCUACUGCUACACCCAUCCCGGCCAAUAACGGAUCCUUACCCCUCGAUACGCAAGUCCAUCACCAAACGGUCACUCCGGUCGGUCUCACAACUCAAAACACACCCUCCUCACCCGCCCGCACCCCGCGCCCCUUUUGCCACGCUCUCUCCCAGUGCCCCGCCCCUCACAAGGCCUUCCGCAACGGUUAA